AUGGGCAAUGCAUCCGGUCUCAGCAAGGUGGAGCUGGAGAAGCUGCUCCAGACCGUCGAUGUCGGGUCCAAGAUGGACCAACUGAAGCCAUUCACAAAUCUCUCGGUCGUGAAUUCGCCCGCCACCGCAACCGUGAGAGCCAAGCAGCACACCCUCCAUCUCGGCCAGGAGUUUGAGUUUGGGAAAGCAAACGGGUUUCAAACCGGCGUCAACGCCCCCACUCGGUUCGACGCCGAGGUUGGUUCGUGCGUCGUCCGAGGUGAAGUUCCUCUGCAGAUGGACGGCACAUUCUAUCGCAUCACUUGUGACCCCAUUUAUGCAAACAGGAACGGAAAGGAUAUCUGGAUCAAUGGCGACGGUGCAAUUCAUGCUUGGCGCUUUUCCAACGGUGUCGUGGACUUUAAGCAAAAGUACGUGCGCACUCCGCGAUUCGUCUAUGAGCGCGCAGCUCGGCAGCCGCUCUUUGGGACGUAUAGGAACCCAUUCGCUGGUGACGAGAGGGUAUUCGACGACAUUCAAGGUCCAGGCAACACCCAUAUUCAUCAAUGGCAUGGGUGGCUUCUGGUUUGCAAGGAGGAUAGUCCCCCGACCGCUGUGGAUCCGGACACCCUAGAUACCAUAGGUCAGAAUCUCAUGAAGUUGGCAGGCAUCUAUGACUUUGAGGGGCAGAUCAAUCCGUCCAAGACAUUCACUGCACAUGCAAAGGUUGAUGCUGCCAAUGGCGAAACCAUGGCUUAUGGCAUGGAAGCAUCUGGGCUGUUGUCCAACGACCUAGUUUACUAUCGUUUCGACAAGAAUGGCAAGAAGGUUGACGAAUGCUGGGUGAAAACUCCGGAUGUCACCUGGACACAUGACAUGGUCGCAACUGAGAAGUUGGUUCCCCCCGUCCGUUAUCCUCGAGGCCUUGAACUGAUUCGUGCCCUCAGCUGGGUUAUCUUCCACAUGAGCAACUACCAGGCGGACUUGGAGUACAUGAAAAAGGAAAAAGGAACUCACUUUCGCCUGAAUCGGUUCUUGCCCAACCGAUUUGGCGUGCUUCCUCGUCGAAAUCCCAAGCCCGAAGACAUUCGUUGGUUUGACAGCCUCAAGAACCACACUUGGGGUCACUUUUCUAAUGGAUUCGACGGCGAGGAUGGAUGCAUCUAUCUAGAUGCCUUCGUCGCAAACGUUGACACCCUGCAGGUCUUUCCCAACAUGCACCCUGAGGUGGACAUCGGAAAGCCGGCGGAGAGGAUGAACGGGAAGCUGGCUCGCUUCAAAAUCGACCCCAAGGCUUCUUCCAACGAGCUGGAACUCCCGGUAGUACUCAGCGAGGUUGCGGGCGAGAUGGCACGUUGCGACGAUCGGUUCAUCGCGAAGCCAUACAACCACGCCUACGGAUGCAGACACUCGGCCACCGGAUUUGACGCAAUUAUUCAUGUCGACAUUGCAGCUGGUGUUACUAAUCUCUGGGAAGCAGGUGAAGGUGUUGUUGUUGGUGAACCUUGUUUUGUCCCUCGACACGCAGAUUCUCCUGAAGGUGACGGUUAUCUGCUAGUGUGCACGCGAGAUGUCGCCGACAGACGAGCCCAUCUAACGUUGCUUGAUGCGAGAAACAUCACUGCUGGCCCUGUGUGUAUCGUGGAGCUUCCUUUCCAGCUCUGCGAAGGGGUUCAUGGGAAUUGGGUAAACACAAAGGAUCUCCCUGCCCGCAAACCAAUUCUUGACUACUCUGGAGUGACAAAGGAGAUUCAAGCCAAGUUCGGGACAGGAGCUCCCACACCCUACGACCAGUUGACUGGCAAACCCGUCACCUUGACUAGGGCUGAGGCGGUUCCUAACCCUAGAGUUCCUCGAUAA